AUGAAAGUUUCAGAAAUGUUUACUAUGAUAACAUGCUUCUGUAUGACACUCAUUCACUACGUUUCUGGGACGAUUCCCCCGGCUGCUCUGUUUGUGGGGAUGGGAUACAACCUCCUGAGAGGAAAUCCUGACGGUGAUAGCCAUAUAAACGCGGGAAAGGAUCCGGGGCUCUUGAUGACGCGUCAGAUUCUUAAGUUGGAUCCGCCUGAUUCUCCACGUGAACUCUCCUACCAUGAGUAUUCUCUGUGUUUUCCCACACAAUAUAAGGAGGUGUUUUACAACACGAAGUCCUACCAAACCAGACUUCUGCAUGAUCUGAUAGGUAUCGGGAAUACAACAGAGAAUAUAACCAACCAUGCAUUCUCUUUAAGCGAAGGCUUUCGAUUCAUCAGCUCGGAUACUCACCAGGGAAGCUUUUUUUAUAUUGACGAAGUCAGGCUCUGCAACAAAGGUAGAUCUAGGUUUAUGACAAGUUUAGCACACAGUCGUAAGUUCGACAUUGGAGACGAGUUUGCAGCAACUGUUUGUUCACUUCCCAGAACUUAUGACCAGCAGACCUACAUGAACUUCCUGGAGGAUUGGGGAACACAUGUUGUCAUGGAAGUGGAGAUUGGUUGGGAGAACAGAACAAGGAAGAGGAUAGCAGUAAAAGACAUUGUAGAAGCUCUAAUAAAAACUAAUCCAGACUUACUAGUACCGACAGGUUCUUCAAGAAAACACAAGUCUUCAAUCGCCUUGUCUAAAACAUUCCUAGAUAAUUCAACCUCCCUUGAAUCCUUUGCCUCAAAGAUGAUCACCAUUUCGUCUAUGUCGAAGGGCAGUGAGCAAGUCAGCGAACCAAUCAAAUAUAAGGUUAUAAGCAUAGACAAGCUGUUGGACAUAGAUUAUUGGCAGCUGCCAAAGGACAUAGUGCAUAAGCAACUUUGUACAUCCGGUUUCGAUAGUUUGCUACCCGAGAAACAACAAAAUAUUCAGAAAGCUCUGAGUCUGUAUGCAGAAUUUCUGAAUGCACCGCCAGCAAAAGAUUCUAGUCCGGAAUAUCCGGUUUUCUGGCCGUCUCCGCCAUUCGCACUUCCAGAACCUGUUGGCGGUUGUCCCAAGGAUAGUGGUUCAUGGAGAGUAGGAAAUCUCACCCACCAACUUUCGACUCGCAUCGAUUCAUUCCCAAACAAUACCUUUCAUUAUCAGAAUGAAAUUCAUCUGAAAGGACUACAUAACGCAACAAUCCUCAACAUGUUCUACUGCGGUUUAACUUCAUCUGGUGAUUCCUCCAAUCCAUGGCCUCGGGGAUCUUACUGCAUCGCUCAAGUAUCAAACAAUUGUCCAUCAGGUUUUUCUAGCGUAACCAUUACUUAUAGUCUUUACCCAAGAGAGCAGUACCUGUCUACUACCUACGACCAGUCACUUGAGUUCUCCGGAAACAUACCAAAACUUGAAGCAACAUCUGGACAGUCCUACAAAAUGUAUUACUGCUGCAGAAGUGACGGAAAUGUUGACAAGCCAAUAAUUUUACCCCAUCAAGAAUCAUUCUACCUUUACCCUGAGCAUAGGACAAAGAAAUGUCAAAAAGUGUUGGGCAUGCGCUCUACUGAUGAGUGGAUUAAGUAUCCUUAUGCAGAGAACUCGAGAUACAACAGCUGCACAUGUGCAAGAAGUUAUUAUUACAACACAUGUCAACCGUACGAUGAGGAUUGUAAUCAAUACCACAAAGUCCAUUACUGCUUCUACACAAGGGAUACGUCAAUCUCAAGUGUUAGUGUAUUCGGCUGA